UUAUCUUCCUAUUUCCAUUUACAUUUCCCACAUGCUUGCAUCCUCCCGAUCUUCGAAGCUCCCGUCAACCUAUUAAUUGCACCCUGCCCCGUCCAUCAAGGCUCUUUGGAACAACACCAAAAGCCCUCGAUGAAGAACCAGCAGCAAAAUCAAUCUCCAUGUCUUUCCAAGCUUUUCCCUUCCAAUUCCCAACUCCUCCAAUUCCUCCCAAACUUCCUUCUCCUUGGCCUCGGCCUGACCCUUGGGUUCAUCUCCAGUUUCUACCUCAAAACCAUUCCUUUCCCUCUCCAAACACCCAAACUCUCCAUUCUCUCUCCUCCUCCAUCUCCACCACAACCGUCGCCGCCGCCGCCGCCGCCGCCGCCGCCACCGCCGCCACAACCAGUCCUAAAUCUCACCUUUACUGCUAGCGAGCGUGUGGGAUUAAAGGGAUAUGUGGAGCCGGUCGAGGCCAUGCAUGACAUGACCGACGAGGAGUUGCUGUGGAGGGCGUCGAUGGUUCCAAGGAUCAAAGGCUACCCAUUCGACCGGGUUCCUAAGGUUGCUUUCUUGUUUCUCACCAGGAAAGCGCUUCACUUCGCUCCGCUAUGGGAGAAGUUCUUCCAAGGACAUGAAGGAUUGUAUUCGAUCUACGUGCACGCCGAUCCUUCCUUCAACGAGUCCGCGCCGGAGGGUUCGGUGUUCCAUGGCCGGAGAGUCCCCAGCAAGCCGGUGAAAUGGGGACAAUUGAGCAUGAUGGAAGCUGAACGCCGCCUGCUAGCUAAUGCUCUACUCGACUUCUCAAACCAACGCUUCGUCCUCCUCUCUGAGUCAUGCAUUCCUCUCUUCAACUUCCCCACUAUUUACUCCUACCUCAUCAACUCUACUAAAACUUAUGUCAGUAGCUACGAUGAUCCGGGGCCUAAUGGUCGUGGUCGAUACCGCAUUAAAAUGAGACCAUAUCUGGAGUUGCAGCAAUGGCGCAAAGGCUCUCAGUGGUUCGAGGUGGACCGGAACCUUGCAAUUGAGAUAAUUUCUGAUGAAAAAUAUUUCCCGGUCUUUAAGAAAUACUGCAAGCCCUCAUGCUAUGUGGAUGAACAUUAUUUGUCAACAUUUGUUAGUAUAAGUUUUUGGGGGAGAAAUGCAAAUAGGAGCUUGACUUGGGUUGACUGGUCAAAAGGAGGCCCACACCCAGCUAGGUUUGGACGAUUGGAUGUGACAAUUGAGCUCUUGGAGAGAUUGAGAAAUGGGAGCACAUGCGAUUAUAAUGGUAGGACUACUAAUAUUUGUUUCCUAUUUGCCAGGAAGUUCUUGCCCAAUUCCUUGACUCGGUUUUUGAGAUUUGCUCCAAAAGUUAUGGGCAUUCGGACUUAAGAGAUCCAUAAGGAUGUAGGAUCCAUGAUUAUUCUCUGCAAGGAAGAGAAGCUUUCUUAGGGGCAUUUUUAUAAUAUAACAUUUAUCGCAUUCUUGUAAUAAAAGGUAAGUGUACAAAGCAUAUGAGACCUAAAUGAAGGUUGUUCUCACUAGAAAGAUAUGCUUAGAAAUUUCCACUGGGCAUAUGAUUGAUUUUUUCACCUAAAUUAUUUGAUGUAUAAAUGGCAUUGACAUUGUACCAAGUCCCAUGUUGUAGACUGACUUGUUGAGCAAUUUUUCCAAAUCAAUAAUGUGUUUCAGAGCUCA